AUGGAGCGGCUAACAUCUCCUCCUCGUCUCAUGAUAGUCUCGGAUCUUGAUCAUACUAUGGUUGAUCAUCAUGAUCCUGAGAACCUCUCUCUGCUGAGAUUCAACUCACUGUGGGAACACGCUUAUCGCCAUGACUCUCUUCUUGUUUUCUCAACGGGAAGAUCACCAACGCUGUACAAGGAGCUUCGAAAAGAGAAGCCUUUGCUGACCCCUGAUAUCACCAUUAUGUCUGUAGGAACCGAGAUUACUUAUGGUAACUCCAUGGUUCCUGAUCAUGGUUGGGUUGAGACCUUGAACAAUAAAUGGGACCUGGGAAUUGUCAGGGAAGAAACCAGCAAGUUCUCUGAGUUAACACGUCAGGCAGAAACUGAGCAGAGGCCACACAAGGUUAGCUUUUACGUUGACAAGAGUAAGGCUCAGGAAGUUACCAAGGAGCUAUCACAGCGGCUGGAGAAACGUGGGUUGGAUGUCAAAAUAAUUUACAGUGGAGGCAUGGAUUUGGAUAUCUUACCACAAGGUGCUGGGAAGGGUCAAGCGCUUGCAUUUCUGCUAAAGAAGCUCAAGGCUGAAGGAAAACUCCCUGUUAAUACUCUUGCUUGUGGCGACUCUGGGAACGAUGCUGAACUUUUUAGCAUUCCUGAUGUUUAUGGCGUCAUGGUAAGCAAUGCUCAAGAAGAGCUGUUGAAGUGGCACGCUGAAAAUGCGAAAGACAACCCGAAGGUAAUCCAUGCAAAGGAGAGGUGUGCGGGUGGGAUUAUACAAGCCAUUGGUGAGUUCAAGCUUGGUCCUAACCUUUCUCCAAGAGAUGUCUCUGACUUUUUGGAGUGCAAGGCGGAUAACGUGAACCCUGGUCACGAGGUUGUGAAGUUUUUCUUGUUCUACGAGAGAUGGAGACGUGGUGAGGUUGAGAACUGCGAGGCGUACACUGCGAGCCUCAAAGCUUCAUGUCACCCUAAUGGUGUGUUUGUUCAUCCGUCUGGUGCUGAAAAAUCUCUGAGAGAGACCAUUGAUGAGCUGCGCAAGUACCAUGGAGACAAACAAGGGAAGAAGUUUCGGGUUUGGGCAGAUCAAGUUCUGGCAACAGAAACUACUCCUGGGACUUGGAUAGUGAAGCUUGAUAAAUGGGAGCAGAGUGAAGACGAACGAAGAGGCUGCACGACGACUGUCAAAUUUACCUCAAAGGAAGGUGAAGGAUUGGUGUGGGAACAUGUACAGCAAACUUGGUCCAAGGAUUCAACGGUCAAGGAUGAUAGCAGCUGGAUCAUCUGA